UUCAUUGCUAGACAAACCUGCUCAUUUCCCCUAAUCAUUGCCUGACUCCCUCCCCUUGCUGACUCGUUAUCUUCAAGUUCCUGGGUGGGGGAGGACGGGCACACACAUCCCUGCCACCUACCCUUCCAAGAGUUCACUUCCUCUCUCAGUGCCACACAUUUUUACUAACAUCUUUGAAAGGCUUGAGGGCAGUAUUGCCUUGAACUUUAAAGUCUCCAGCUCAUUUUCCUCCUUCAUUGCAGGGACGAAGUGCCCCUCAACAGCUUGAUAAUGCUCCAGUUGAUAGCCACACCUUCAAAUGCCCUUGCAGAUGAGCCUGUGUCCAUCCGGGCAAUAGGCCUGCCUCCUUCACAGAUAGUGACCAUCACAGCGACAGUGAAAGAUGAGAAGGAGAAUCUGUUUCAAUCCAAAGCCUUCUACAAAGCUAAUGAGGCUGGUGAGGUGGACCUGGAGCAGGCAUCAGCCUUGGGGGGUGACUAUGUAGGGGUCCACCCGAUGGGCCUCUUUUGUUGUCUGAAACCCAAGAGGGCUUUCCAGAGGCUGAUCAAGAAAGAUGUGAUGAACAGCCCCCUUUGCAUCUGCCUGGACCUGUAUGACUCUGUUUGCUGGCUAGAAACAGUCAGAAUUCCACCCAAGGCCAGCCAGAUAGUGCAUCGCUGGUUUGCUGGCCCCGGGGUCAAACGGGAGCAGAUCCGAGAAGGUCGGGUUCGGGGAGCCCUUUUUCUCCCUCCAGGGAAAGGUCCUUUUCCAGGAAUUAUUGAUUUGUUUGGGAGCAUUGGAGGUCUAGUUGAAUUCCGUGCCAGUCUUCUGGCUUCUCGUGGUUUUGCAGUGCUGGCAUUAGCCUAUUUUGCCUAUGAGGACCUUCCUAAGGAACUGUUGGAGGAGGACUUGGACUAUUUUGAGGAAGCUGCCAACUUCCUACUUGCUCACCCCAAGAUCCAACAGCCAGGAAUUGGUGUGAUCUCAGUGAGCAAAGGAGCAGAGAUUGGGCUGGCCAUGGCUUGCUAUCUGAAGCAGGUGGCUGCCACCGUCUGCAUAAAUGGGCCCAGCGUAGUCUUUGAUGUUCCACUAAGAUACGGGGAUCUGGUGGUGACACCCAUCCUACUGGCUUCGGAAUUGAUGCAAGUCCAUCCCUCAGGGGCUGUACGCUUCCGUCACUGUUCAGUUCCCCAGAAUAAACUCAACUCACAAAAGAUACUUCCGGUGGAAAAGGCCCAAGGGAAGAUCCUCUUCAUUGUAGGAGAGAAUGACGAAAGCUUGGCUAGCAAGUUGCAUGCACAGAGAGCCAUGGACCGGCUCCGGAGCCAUGGGAGAAGCAGUGGAAGGAUGCUGGCAUACCCUGGGGCAGGCCACCUCAUAGAGCCGCCUUAUUCUCCCUUUUGCUUUGCGUCCUGGCACUCUGUCUUGGGCAAACCCUUGCUUUGGGGAGGAGAUCCCAUCGCUCAUGCAGCAGCUCAGGUGCACUCCUGGGGAGAGAUCCAAAAGUUCUUCAGGCAACACCUCCUUCAGUCUGGAGGCAAACUCUAAACAGUGUGACCAUGCAGGACAGAGUAAAGGGCAGGGAGUGCGUUAGAGAAGAGGUUGGAAUUGGUCUCGGGAUUAAAGCAUCAUCGUUAGGGGCUGCAGGGCAAGGGUGGGGAUGGGGGACAGAAUUCUCCUGGCUUACUCUCACAAUCAUCGCAAUUCAAUUGGAAGGAAACCAGACAAAUUCACAGACCCGGACACACGUGCACCUGAGGUGUUUUUGGUGAAUUUGUAUGUAGUUUGAAAUUUUCUAAAUAAAAUUUAAAUUUUAGUUUAAUUUAGAAAUGCAUCAGUAUUCACAAGUUGUGAUAUUUUUGCAAACUGAUGAACACUGUGUGUGUGUGUGUGUGUGUGUGUGUGUGUGUGUGUGUCCAGUUAAUGAUUCAUUUGAUCUAGGCAUGUUCAAUCCAAAUAAAAUCCGUAAAACUCCCCUUUCUAGGAGUACAUGCUCUGUUUAAACUACAAUGAGUUGUGUUUCUGAUGCUAGAAAUGAACAUUCUCGUCCUCUCUCAAGCAUAAUGCUUGCAGUAGAUUUCCGGUAGAUCACUUUUCUUUAAAAGUGGGAUGCGUCUCUUUAUUCUAGGUGUAUAUUACUUUUUCUUUGUUAAAAAAAUCAGGAGUGUAAUUAAAUUUAAUCAAGUGUGUUUUUAUUGAAAGUGAAUGAGCUAUGUAAGAUUUAUAGAGUAAUGUUUGGCAUACAGCUCUCACCAGAUCAGGGUUAGCUGUUCCCGUUUUCAUACUGAUUUCCUCUCUGAGGCUGUUAUGCUUUUCUCUUCUGGACUCUCCUGGUCAUGUUCAUGGUCACUAGGCACUACUUCUGUGUCCUCAUUUAAUCUGAAUAGAUGAAAUUCCUUCAUUGACUAACAAGGGUUCUAAUGUUGCUUUUGGAGACAAUCUCAUCAUUUAUUUAUUUUGCAGACUUUCAUUUGUUUCCUAGAGCAUGUUCUUUUCAUAAAUUAUUUUUACAUAGACUCGGGUUUUUUUUCACCCUCUGUUUUCUCUUUUCUCUCAGUGUGGCCCAUCUAACUAUUUGGCUGUUUUAUCUUUUUGAGUGUCUACUCUUGCUUCACUUAUCAAUCAAAUCUUUUUAAAAAAUUGUUAAUUUGUUAUGUUGUAGUAUGCUGUUUUCCUUGGAGAGGAAAUGUUCCUCCCCUCCCUCUUUCUACCAUUCUCUCACAGUUUUAGUUAGCUUCCCGGGAAGAUUGUAGAUGGAGCACACUUCCAGUGUCAACAUACAAGACAAAGCAGAACUGAGCACCUAGAAGCAGUCUGGAGAGUGUAAGCUCAUUCUCCUGACAGUUUCUCCCCUGUGAGGAGCACAUGUAGCAUUUUCUGGGCUUCCAGGGAAGAACUGGGAAGACAUUCAAAUCUGAAUUGCUUUUCUUUGCCGUGUUUUACUCAUUUCCAGGCUCCUGUGAGUCAGGGGAGUUAGAUUUUCCCCAGGGAGACAUUCCUGAUCACUGUCAUCCACCAUAACCGAUGAGUCUUGGGCUCUGCUGAAUCUUUCUCCUACCAGCUUUCACAUCCUUCAAAGCUGCUUUCCCUUCAUGGUUAGAGACACCCUACCUCAAUUCAUGAAAUUUUACCCAAGAAAGUAGCAUCUUGUGGCUGGAGAUUCAACAUUCAAGCCAGCAUCCUUUCAUUGGAGUCCCAGCUACAGGUUCUUUUCAAUACUGAAGUAACACAGUGGUUACUUUUGAUUUUCUCACAUAGCUUGGUGUUCUAGCUCCUGAAGUUCAGUUCUCUGUCCAAGGAAACAACCUUGGAAACUUCUUAGAAAACUGCAAGCCUCCUUCUUACAUGGGCCCUCCUUUUCUUCUCAUUGACUCAGUCCCAUGAGGGAAUGCAGCUGGUCUACUUACUGUGUUCCAUGUCCCCUGUUAUUAGAACGAUUCAGACUGCAUAAUAAUGUCCACUAAGCAUGUAUGAAGCCACAGAUCAAAACCAGCACAACCCAGAUCAAGAAGUGGGAUCUGAGUAACGUUUUUGUGUUCACUACGGAAUUGUCAUGAGCAUUGGUCGUGACUGUAAGUGGCAGACUAGCAUGGUGACUGUUGGGCUGGCUCAGAUCUUUGGCCCAAAAUGGAGUCACCCAAAUCACUAAGAUGAAGCACUUAGUGACUUCGGGAAAUGGAAUUUGAUUGUUCUACAUUUUCCAGAAGUCUGCUGGCUCCUAGACUCAGCAGGACUUCUGGACCACAGCUUCCUGCAAUCUAACUGCCAGAGUGACCUAUAACCCCAUCAACCGCUGUUUACUGUAGUCCCCUUUUCUAAAGUUCAGUUUUCUUUCUUAACACUCUCCCACCACAUUCCCUCCAACUAAAAUCACCCCAUAAAAACCCAUACUCUCUAUUGUCACGCCUCCUUUCCUUUCUCUUGGAGACAGACUGUCAGUCAGUCCUCUGAAUUAAGCUCUGACUUUUGACUUUCAUGGUGUGGUUUUCUCAGUAAGCCACACAGUGUCCAGAUCACUGUAAGUGUUGGAAGCGAUGCCCUUGAAACCCUCCAUUAUUGAUGUUAAUAUUAUGGUUAGAGUUAAGUAUGAUUGGUUUUAUGGAAAAUCCCCAGCCAGCUGCAGAAGACUAAUCUGGUGGUCAGGAUGAAUAAUGAUAUGAUAAACUUCUGACCUUGCUGAGAAAUACAUGUGAUGUCAAAAUACCCAAUGUGAUGACCUGUAACCUUUCUGAAAAACCAACAUCCUGCUGACUAAUAAUAUGACAAACCUGUAACCCUCUGAAAAACUAACAUCCUGUUGACAUCAGCUGACCACAUGAAUACUGUGUCCUAGGCCUGCAUAAAUGUUUCCUACUUGCCCCUUCUCUCUGUUACCCCUGUUAUGGUAUAAAUUCAGCCUUGGAAAAAAAAUAAAAUUGUCACUUUGAUCA